AAGCCCCUGGCCUGCCCCUGAUUUGACUCAGCUCUGAAGCCUGCAUGCAACCAUCACCAUGUCCGCGGCCGAGGACCCCAUCGCCGAACAUGGCUGGACCGCCGUCCGUGUCGACGCCGACGCCAUCUUCAAAGGCAAGCCCUACCUGUAUGAACCCGGCCCCCUCCUCGUAAAGGACAUCCACUUCCCCUCGGACGACCCCAUCGUAGCCAAAGCCCAAGCCUACGCCAAGGACAACCUCCCGGUGCAAACCUACAACCACUCCAUGCGCGUCUAUUACUUUGCAAGCGCCAUCCUUCAAGACCAAUUCCCCGCCCACCGCGCGGCCCUCUCCCCGGCCACGCUCGCCCUCGCCGCCCUCCUCCACGACAUCGGCACAGCCCCGGCCUUCCUGACCAGCACCCUCCUCUCCUUCGAAUUCCACGGCGCCAUCACCGCCCUCAACCUCCUCACCGCCCCGCCGCACCCGGCGCCGGCCCCACAGGCAGAAGCGGUGUGCGAGGCCAUUAUCCGGCACCAAGACCUCGGCAAGGAAGGGACCAUCACCUUCCUGGGCCAGCUGCUCCAGCUGGCGACCGUGUACGACAAUGUGGGCCGGUGGGCGUACCUGGUGCAUGAGGAGACGAGGCGGGAUGUGAACCGGGAGUUUCCGAGGCGGGCGUGGGGGGCGUGUUUCGCGACGACGGUGAGGGAGGAGGUGAGGGUCAAGCCAUGGGCGCAUUCGACGCAUUUGGGCGGCGCGGAGGAGUUUGCGAAUGCGGUCGAGGGGAAUUUGUUGAUGGCUGAGUAUGAGUGAGGGUGUAUCUCAGAGAGAUCGAAGUCUGUGGGAUUCAGUGAGAUAGUAGGUGUGCUCGGUCACUUCCAAAUCCAGCUUAUUAUUCUU